AUGACCAGGAAUGACGACCCGACAUCCUUCGAAAACUCCAAUUCCAUGGAGAAUGCUCGAGCUUCCCCUCCCUCUAUUCUUGAACAAUAUCAGAACCCUUAUUUUCUUCAUCCCCUAGAUAGUACCAGUCUUGUGUUCAUUUCCAAUCUUCUCACGGAAUCAAACUACAACUCAUGGAGUCAGGCGAUGAAGAUCGAGCUCACUGUCAAGAAUAAACUCGGCUUCAUCAAUGUUGAAAUCCCUCAUCCUUCUGGUGAGUUACUUAGCUCUUGGAUCAUAUGCAAUGGUGUCGUAACUGCGUGGAUUCUUAAUUCUCUUUCCAAAGAGAUCUCUACGAGCAUCAAUUUCUCUAACUCCGUGCAAGAAAUUUGGGUUGAUCCUCAAGAACGGUACCAGUGUAAGAAUCGGCCAAGAGUUUUUCAACUUCGUCACGAAAUUUCCAACCUCAUUCAGAAUCAAGAUUCCGUCACCGCAUACUAUACAAAGUUAAAGAUGUUGUGGAAUGAACUGAUAUCCUACCGCCCUUCCUGCUCCUGUGGAAAAUAUACUUGCGGUAGCGUCAAGAACCUACAGACAUACUUUCAGACGGAGUAUGUUAUGGCGUUUCUCAUGGGAUUAAAUGACUCCUCUGCUUCUAUUAGAUCUCAGUUGUUGUUGAUGGAACCAGAACCCUCUAUCAAUCGUGCCUUUUCCUUGGUACUACAAGAAAUUGAUCAGAAAGCCUUUUCUUCAUCCCCUGGCAUUGCCAUGUCUUUAUCCAAAUCACCCACCACUGCAGUAGAAUCAAUCAAUUCUAAUGGCCAUGUCGUAGGUAUUUGCUCCCUCCCUGGUAUAUCUUCUAAUCAGUGGAUACUUGAUUCUGGUGCAUCAACUCACAUUUGUUAUAAUAAAGCCUUAUUCACUUCUUUAAGACCAAUUAAACCAACAACUGUUUCCUUACCAAAUCAGUCUUAG